AGCGUAGUCUAUCUACAGCAUCCCAAACUCAAAACCCCAUAUAAAAGAUCAGCCUAAAAGCAAACAAAAAGAAAAGGAAAAAGAAAAGAUGCCAGACCUAGACACCCCCAAAACCCUCACAAUAGCCACCACCAUCCUAGCUCUCCUAACCAUCCCCAUCUUAUACCCCCAAAUCCCAACCUGGCUCAAAACCACCACAUACAAACUCCUCCCCAACACACACACAAAGAAGCACCCCAGCAGCGAAAUCACCUCUCUGAGAAUCUACCCCAUCAAAUCAUGCCGCGGCCUCAGUCUAGAAAAGACAACUCUACAUAUGGAAGGCCUCGAGUUUGACCGCCGGUGGAUGCUCAUCGACGCCAAAACCCACGAGUUCCUGACCAUCCGCCAAAUCCCGCAGAUGACGCUCAUCAACACCGCUCUCAGCGCCGACAACCAGUCCCUAGUGGUCACAUUCACAGGGGUUGUUGCUGAUAAGGAGGUCCGCAUCCCCCUCCGCCCAGACACUCAGUGGCUAGAUACCCACACGACCCUGGGCCAGGUCAAGAUCUGGGACAUUGAGACGGACGCCUACAUCUACGGGCCUGAGGUUAAUGGCCCGUUUAGUGAGUUCCUGGGCCGUGAUGUCUGUCUCGUGUAUAAGGGUCCUACACCGAGGGUGAUGCGUGGUAACGGGGACCCCAGGCUUCUGGGUCGUGAGCAGAGUGUGAAUUUCCCCGAUGUGCAUCCUGUACUUGUUGCUUCAGAGGCGUCGAUGGCGGAGCUGAAUUCUCGGCUUGUGGAGAAGGGCGUCGAGCCGAUUGGGGUUGAGCGGUUUCGGGCUAAUGUUAUUAUUAAGGGGGGUGAGCCUUGGGUGGAGGAUGAGUGGAAGGUUGUUAGGGUUGCCGAUGGGGAAGGGAAGGUGCUGGAGUUUGAUGUCCUGGCGAGGUGUACCAGGUGUCAGGUGCCGAAUGUUGAUCCUGAUACGGCGGAGAAGCAUAAGAGGCAGCCGUGGGAUACGCUUAUGAGUUAUCGGAGGGUGGAUGAGGGCAUGAAGUAUAAGCCUUGUUUUGGGAUGCUUUGUGCGCCCAGGGGGGAGGGCGCUUUGGAGGUCGGGAUGAGGUUUGAUGUGCUUGAGGUUACGAGCGAUCAUCGGUAUAUUCAGGGUUUUUGAUGGUUUUGGGUGUGUGAGUUGGUGGUUAAUCUAAUGAGCGAACGAUGGCUUGUUCGCUUGGUUUCUGCGUAGUCGAUGUCUAUGUUUGGGAUACCUUUGAUUCUGUGUUCUGGAUAUGUUGGAAUAUGUUACAAUAUCAUAAAGGUUGG